AGUGUAAUUUACAUUUUUCUUCAAGGAGAACAAAGUUCGACAGAUCAGGCAGUUCCAUUUUCAUGGCUGGCCUGAGGUGGGAAUUCCUGCUGAUGGGAAAGGGAUGAUCAACCUGAUUGCAGCAGUUCAGAAACAGCAGCAGCAGUCAGGAAACCACCCAAUCACAGUGCAUUGCAGUGCUGGUGCUGGAAGGACAGGUACAUUCUGUGCCCUGAGUACUGUCUUGGAAAGAGUAAAAGCUGAGGGCAUCUUGGAUGUGUUUCAGACGGUAAAGAGUCUACGGUUACAGAGGCCCCACAUGGUCCAGACACUGGAACAGUAUGAAUUUUGCUACAAGGUCGUGCAAGAAUACAUUGAUGCAUUUUCGGAUUAUGCCAACUUCAAGUGAAAAAUGCUUUCGUAAUAUUUUGUAAUAUUGUAUUUGUUAAUACACCCAAACCUGUGUACAUAUCUUAUUGAUUUGAGAGGUUGGUACCAUGAGCUUCUUAUUGGCUAUAAAUUUUAUAUGUAGCAGAUGUUUAGCAGAUAUUAGUCUAAUUUCAGCAGUUUUAUUGAGCAGCGUAGGCUGAUGUUCAGAUUGAUGUUGAUCAAAUUUAUUUAGUAGCUGCUUGGAAGGGUAUUCAUUGAAUUCAAGGGAUAAACAAGAUAAGAGUUAAGUCACAUGAUCACAAAAUCUGUGGCUUUAUGAAUUGCUGCCCCUGAAUCAAAUGGUCAUCGCUAGUGCUCUGUUUUAUUUCAACUUUGAUAAAUAAUCAAGUUGGAAAUAACAUUCUGUCAUUAAUUGAUCAGUGCCAUUUAAAUCUGAUACCUUUCACUUGGACCAUCUCUUUCUCAGGCAAUUAACAAUUUUGUAAUUGUAGACUUUAUACUUUCAAUGUUGUGCCAUUUUAUUUAUCAGAUUUGAAGUAGAAGCAGUACUUUCCAUUAUUGAGAUUUGUAGAAAGGCAAAGCGCCUUCAGAAACGCUUAUCUAUACGACUAUAUUUGUAGAAAUGCAGACCUGUAAAGGGAAUACAAUAAGAAAAUACUGCUUUUAAGAAAAGCUUUUUUUUUUGCAGGCCUGCACAGGCUGAACUAAAAUAUACUGGAUAUACUACCUGCAUUAUUUUUCACAUAAGCCAAAAUCUACAGUGUCCUGGUUCUUCACAAGACUUUGGUCUUGUACAGUUAGAACGUAUCUCUCACCAUUUUCUUUUCUCCUGCAUUAAAAAUACAUGGAACUUGUUAUAAAGUUCUGUACAAGUUAAAAGAUGUGUGGGCUUCAAAGUAAUAAGUUUGGAAAUACAGUCUUGAUAGGACAAUAUAAAAGAACGUUCCUUAACUAUAGCUACUGUGUACUGUACAUACAAGCUGCAACUUGAAGGGUAUUGAAUUAUCUGUUCUGUUUGUUCUUAAAAUCUACUUGUUAAGCUUCUGUUUCAAUAUGUUUUUAAGAAAGUAAGUGAAUGAUCUGGAACGUUUCUAAAAUGUGAAAGACUUGCCUGGGAUUUACCAUCACUUUCUUUUAGACACAACUGCCUCAUUUUCCAACUUUUCCUUAUUAAUAUAGCCUUUGUGCAAAGGUGGAGCUUAAUAUUAGUAGCUUGCACAGGGAGGAAAAAAGACCAAUUAAAUUCAAUGACUAAAACGUCAUGUUUAGGUAUCUAGUUUUGGACCAAAACUUAACUAUUCAAGUUGUGGCUUAAAAAAAAUCUUCAAGCAAGGUUUAAAGUUGAUCUUUUUUUUGAAAAACUAGUUUUAAAUGUAAAUGUCUUUGAUUUAUCAUUCGCUCCUAACAAUUAUAUUUUUUCUUAAAAUGUACAAAUAACUGUAGUUUCGUAACCUGUAUUUAUUUUUUUAUGAUAAGGAGAAAAUUUGGUGGAUUUUUUAAGUUUAUUUUUAAGUUUAUCUUUUAGUAGUUUAGGAGCACUCAUUGCCAGGUAAUUGAGGUGAAGCCAAGUUGGGUCAAUAUUUGGAUAACAUAGCUUACACCAGCUUGUACAGUGACCUGUAUGACAUAUGGUGCAUAGUCCCAUUAAGUUAUUUGAGUUUUGAUCAUGGCAUACUUGUUUACCAAGUUCUCCAUAGUGCAUUCAGUGGAUAGACUAUGCUAAUUUACUAUAUGUUGAAUGGAUUAAAUGUCAGCUUCCUAUCUUCAGUAAUUCGGCUAUCACUGACCGCACUAGUGUAAAUAGAUAUUGACUGAAUCCCUGACUCUUAAAACUUUGGUAUUUUGGGACAAUGGCUAAGCUAAAGCUAUAAUUGGAAUAAAUGUGCUCAUUAAAAAAAACAUGAUCUUUGGGUUUUGAUUUCAUUUUUGUUUUGAAUAAACUGCUUGUUAGAAACUGCA